UGGUUUCUCCCCCAGCCGCGAAAAAGAAACCGUUCGGACUCCGAACCUCUCGAUUCGGGACGAGGCUCGGCAGCUCGGUUUCAUAUUAGAAGCAGAACGACGACGUCGGAAAGGGAGAGAGAGAGCGGAAGAGGCUCUCAAUAGCAGCAGCUUUCCCAAAACCCUAAUUUCCCUUUUCUUCUCUUCUCCUUCCAUUCCUCUCUCUCUCUCUCUCUCUCUCUCUCUCUCUCUCUCUCUCUAUCGAUUCUCGUGAAAAGGUUCGAUUUCUGGAAGCUUUUUUCUGCUGCAUCAAUGGCGGAGAGCUUCGAUUCUUAAGGCUUUUGCUCUCUGGUGGCGGGAAUUUCAGUUCGAUUUGCUUUUGGAAUUCUCCUUUUUUCCUUUUGUUUUACUUGAAUUUUGGAGGGAGGAAUGGCGGAUGGAGGGAUUUUGUCGUUCUCAGUAGCUUCUGUGGUGGAAGACGUUCUUCGGCAGCAUGGGAGUCGGUUGAGCGAUAUCGAUCUGGCUUGGCGGAAGGCCGAAGAAGCAGCACUAAGAAGGUAUGAGGCAGCAGGGUGGCUAAGAAAGAUGGUCGGAGUCGUCGGAGGUAAAGAUUUGCCAGCAGAGCCUUCAGAGGAAGGCUUUAGGCUGGGUUUAAGAAAUGGAAUAAUACUUUGCAAUGUUCUCAACAAGGUUCACCCUGGCUCAAUUCCAAAGGUGGUCGAGGCUCCGGUUGAUUCAGUUCUUCUCCCUGAUGGUGCAGCUUUAUCAGCAUAUCAAUACUUUGAGAACGUGAGGAACUUCCUUAAUGCUGUGCAGGAGAUGGGGCUUCCUACAUUUGAGGCAUCAGAUCUCGAGCAGGGAGGGAAAGGCACAAGAGUUGUGAACUGUGUCUUGGCACUUAAAUCCUAUAGUGACUGGAAACAUAUAGGUGGAAAUGGUUCAUGGAAAUAUGUUGGCAGCUUGAAAUCCUUCAGCUCAGGAAAAAGUUUUGUGCGAAAGAAUACAGAACCUUUCAUGAAGCCCUUGUCAAGGAAUGCAUCAAUGAACGAGAGACUUGUGGAUGGUUUGCCUGUUGAUCAGAAUUCGAACGAGGACCUUCCCCAAGGAUCCCCUGAAAUGAUUAGUUCUGGUUCUUUGAAUAUCAUCCGUGCAGUUCUAUCGGACAAGAAGCCCGAAGAAGUUCCAAUACUGGUGGAAUCCAUGCUAAAUAAAGUUAUGGAGGAGUUUGAGCGUCGCCUUGCAAGCCAAAAUGAGUUGGUGAAACCUGUUCUAAAAGAUCUUGAUACAUCUGAUGGCAACAAAUUUCUUCACAAAGAUCUUGAUACAUCUGAGGGCAACAAAUCUCCUCAGAAAGAUCUUGAUACAUCUGAGGGCAACAAAUCCCCUCAGAAAGCUGAAGGAUGUGGUGAAAUGAAGAAGGAAUUAGAAGAUGAAGAUUCCACACAGGUAGAGGAGGGAUGCUUUCAUGUAAACUCAGUUGAAGACGAGGAAUCAAAACAUCGGAUUCUCAAGCAGCAACUUCUCUUUGACCAACAAAAAAGAGAUAUUCAGGAAUUGAAACAUACUCUUCGUACUACCAAAGCGGGUAUGCAGUUUAUUCAGAUGAAGUACUCCGAGGAGUUCUCCAAUCUUGGCAGGCAUUUGGCUGGCCUUACUCAUGCUGCUUCUGGGUAUCAUAGAGUUCUUGAGGAAAACAGGAAGCUAUACAAUCAAGUACAAGAUCUUAAAGGAAGUAUCAGGGUGUACUGCCGUGUGAGACCCUUCUUGCCUGGACAACCACAUCGUCUAACCACUGUGGAUCGUCUAGAUGAUGGAAGCAUUACAAUUAUCACCCCUUCAAAAUACGGAAAAGAAGGGCGGAAGUCGUUCAACUUCAACAAAGUGUUUGGUCCGUCUGCAGCCCAAGAGGAGGUCUUCACAGAUACUCAACCUCUGAUUCGUUCUGUCCUCGAUGGCUAUAAUGUUUGUAUAUUUGCAUAUGGCCAAACAGGCUCAGGAAAGACUCACACUAUGACCGGACCUAGAGAGCUUACAGAACAAACACGAGGCGUAAACUUCAGGGCGUUAGGUGACUUAUUUCAACUGUCUAAACAGCGUAGGGAUGCUAUUUCUUAUGAUAUUUCUGUUCAGAUGAUGGAGAUUUAUAAUGAGCAAGUCAGGGAUCUCCUUGUCACGGACGGUCUUAACAAAAGAUUAGAAAUCCGUAAUACUUCUCAGAAGGGAUUCAAUGUGCCAGAUGCGAGCUUGGUACCUGUUUCGUCAACAUCUGAUGUGAUCGAACUGAUGAACAUUGGGCACAGGAAUCGUACAGUGAGUGCAACAGCCUUGAAUGAUCGUAGCAGUCGCUCCCAUAGUUGUCUGACAGUUCAUGUUCAAGGAAGAGACCUAGUAUCUGGAACUACUCUUCGUGGAUCCAUGCAUCUUGUUGACUUGGCGGGAAGUGAGAGGGUUGACAAAUCUGAGGUCACAGGUGACAGAUUGAAGGAGGCCCAACACAUAAACAAAUCACUCUCGGCUUUAGGCGAUGUGAUCUCUGCCCUUGCGCAAAAGAAUUCACAUGUCCCUUAUAGGAACAGCAAACUCACACAGUUGCUUCAAGACUCCCUUGGGGGGCAUGCGAAGACUCUUAUGUUUGUUCACAUUAGUCCUGAAGCUGAUGCUAUUGGAGAAACGAUUAGUACGCUCAAAUUUGCUGAGCGGGUUGCCACUGUUGAGCUUGGUACUGCCCGGACGAACAAAGAAGGUGGAGAUGUCAGGGAGCUCAAGGAACAGAUUGCUAAUCUUAAAGCGGCAUUAGCAAGGAAAGAGGGAGAAUCAGAGCACAUACAAAGUCUGAUAUCGAGCCCUGAAGUACAGAGAACGAAGGUUGGUCUGUCAUCUCCUAUAUAUUCAUACCAACAUGAUGAAGGAGAGAUGUCAGCUGGUCAAAAUUACCACAGGCAACUAGUGGAGGAUGUAGGAGGUCACGGUAACCACAGGCAACCAGUGGAGGAUGUAGGAGGUCACUGUAACCACAGGCAACCACUGGAGGAUGUAGGAGAGAUAGAGCUUGGAAGCAACUCUGGAUUGCGCCAGAAUGGGUCAAACUUCGAUCCCCAAGACCUCUUAUUGCCUACAAACUUGGCGCCAUGGACUGAAACCAGUCCAAAAGUAGAACUCCAUGAGGGAGAUGAGAGAGAAACGGUGUCCGGAGAUUGGGUCGAUAAGAUCGCCGAGAAUAGGCAAGAAGUAAAUAAAGGAAGUGACAAUCCAUCAAAACGAUGGGAAGGAAGCAGUAGUUCCUUGCCUGAGCUGUUUUACCAGACUUACCACCCCAGCUUGGUAACUUGCACGGAUAAACAGUCUGGCAGACAGGGAAGUAGGAAGGAGAACCGUGAAAAUGAGAUGGCAAUGACUGAUGAUUCAGAUCUUGAGAUGGCCACUAGUGAUUCUUCUGAAGCAGAUUGGCAAUUAAAUCUUCCUAGAACUACAAGCAUGGACAGCCUGAAUAUGCCAAAGAUCAAGAAGCCUCAAUCGAAGCUGGUAAAGAGCUCUGGUCUAAGGAGUCCAAGUCCAUCUCUGUCAUGGAAAGCAACGAAUGGGGGUAGCAAGUCUCUAAGCCGGACUGGAAGACCGCCAAGCGUUGACAGGAGACCACCAAGCGUUGACAGGAGACGGUCAUCAUCAGUUGGGAAAAAUGGCAGAGAGAACACAGGUGAUAUUUUUCUAGAUGAAUGGACCAUCUUGCCUUACAAAUUUCCUUGGGUAAGGCAGCAAAUUUCAUUACUUUUUAAGGGCCCGUUUGGAUGCGCCCCAUAA